GACGUCGUACAGAUCGUGGGGAGCAGCAGAAGGUCCAAAACCCUGAAACCCCAGCUCAAAUCAAAAUCAAGAUUCAAGAAACUCAAGUAACUAAGAUCGAGAUCGAGACUGAGACAUCAAUCCAGAGAGAUUAAUGGGGUUGUGGCAAUGGACAUGGGCAUCAAUCUUGCUCAGAUUAAUUCUAAUUUACUUCCCUCAUAAUGUCCUUAAUUUAUCGUCUCGUCCUGAACUUUCUACUCCUCUCACUAGUCUUCGUCGCUUGGCUGAAGGUUACUGGCUGAAGCAAUCUUCUAUUUCCCCUUAUGCCGGUUCUAUGUACCAUGGAUCCCCAAUUUUACUAUCUCUACUUGGUCCACUUACUGUUAUAAGAAUUGAAGGCCUACCUGCUCAUAUCUUGUGCAGUUUGGUAUUUGUGAUCGCAGAUCUUGCCUCCGCUAUGCUUAUUCGUGCCAUUGGCAACAUUCUUAAUGUGGCUUACAGUAGGAAGUUAAAUACUCUAAAACUUGGCAAACUUGUAGACAGUCCAGAUUUUCUGCCAGCUGGAGAUAUUGCUGCUCUCGUGUACCUGUGGAAUCCUUUUACCAUAGUCACUUGUGUUGGUUCUUCAACCUCUCCAAUUGAAAAUUUCUUAAUUCUCUUGACCCUUUAUGGAGCCUGUAAGAGAUUACCUCCUUUGGCAGCUUUUGGAUGGGUCGUCUCUUCACAUGUGGCUUUGUAUCCAGCGAUUCUUAUUAUACCAGUGAUUCUUUUGUUAGGUUAUGGUCCAGAUUCACCGCCAAGGAAACUGUUCUUUCAAAGAAAUCCAACUAGAACUGUAGAUGAUAUUCCAUUUGAACAGUCGGCACACUCAAGUUAUUUCUCAUGGACAUCGAUUGUGCUUUUCUUUUUCUGGGUAUCUGUAUUUGCAUCAUGUGUGUUGUUUCUAUGCGGAUUAUCAGUGAAAGAAUAUGGUGGUCUUCAUGAGAUGAUACAGAGAACAUAUGGCUUUAUGCUCACGGUGGAAGACUUAUCUCCCAAUAUCGGUGUCUUGUGGUACUUUUUUGCAGAAGUUUUUGAUUUUUUCAGAGAUUUCUUUUUGAUAGUUUUCCAUGUCAAUAUUCUCUUCAUGUUGCUGCCAUUAGCCAUAAGACUGAACCACCGGCCUUGCUUUCUGGCUUUUGUGUACAUUGCAAUCUCUUCAAUUCUCAAAUCAUAUCCUUCAGUAGGAGACUCGGCCCUGUAUCUGGGUUUGUUGAGCUUGUUUGUCAAUGAACUAGCAGAUAUGCAGUUCUCUUUCUUCCUCUUUUCCGGGUAUGUGGGGGUUUCUCUUCUUAGCCCUAUAAUGCACAACCUAUGGAUAUGGAGGGGGACUGGCAAUGCCAACUUCUACUUUGCAACUGCAAUGGCCUACGCUUGCUUCCAGAUUGUUCUGGUGGUCGAAAGUGUAAACGCCAUUCUUAACCAUGAUAGAAAGAUAAGAAAGCUCUGUACAACCACAAAUUAACAUGGCAGAUAAUGCUCAAUGAGCAUUGCAGCUCAUCUUAGUAGCCACUUUGUGAUUUCACCGUCUGUGAUGCAGAGUUAUCCACUGGUAACACUACCUGGCAACGUCUUGUUAAGGAUUGACCUACAUGAAGUCUUGACAUUGUUAAUAUACAUUCCGGCAGGCGCCUGUUCACUAUUUUAGACCACUGUAAUCACAUUCCGAAACUGAUCCCUUGUAUAACAAUGUACAACAAUACAUUAUACACUAGUUAUAUCUAUUCAGUGAAAUUGAUCAUUA